GUUUCGAACAGGGGGCCUAUUGAAUGAGAGCCGAAUCCCUUACUUUUAGACCACGAGAACCCCUAUUACUUUUCCUUUAAGAGAAAGUUGAUGAUGUAUUGGAACUGUUUGGUAACAUUGAGACUUAUUCGCGAGAAAACACCCUAAAAGUACAAAGGGUCAAUUGUGUCAAGAAACUUGUUCUUAAGCUGCUAGAUAAAGUGAUGGAGUCCAGUAAACUGACCGUGUUAAUUCAUAACAUUCCUGACUUUGACAAAGGCGUGUUCUCAAAGAGCGUAGGUACGCUGAAGGCAACACCACCGGAUACAGAACCUUUUGGCGGCAGUGGAACAUGCGCACAGGAGUGGCGUGCACAGCCGAGUUGUCGGUACUGAACAGAAAAUACAAAAAGAAAUUGACUAAUAGUAUGUACUUGGGCUCAAACAGCCAAGUUACACUUUCCUGGCUGUUUUGAGGUGUACAACUCAAAACUGAACUUAAAGAAGUUGUUGACUGUAACGUUUCUUGAGUAUGUUGAGCUGUUCAUAAAGCUGCUCCCAACAGCACAUUUUUACUCGUUCAGUUGAAUUUUCUAAUAAUUCCAGUUACAUUUUAUUUAUCCCGGAUCACGCCUGUCUGAACAGGCACCAUGAUCAUUGAAAAAACGCCAAUAAACUUUAUAACGCGGUAAAAAAUUCAUGGCACAACUUGUCUUCAAAUACCUCUUUAGAAGUCAAUUAGUGUCCCCCAUACUUUGCACAGCUGUUUAUAUCAAUUUGUCUAACUAAAUCAUAAUAUUUUCCACAAUAUUUGGCGUUAAAUUAAAAACCGUUCUUCAUAAACUAGUGUGAAAUAUUAUAAUUCCCCGUCUUGCGAAAAAUGGGAUUGUUCACUGCGCUUCCCUUUUUGUCACACACAGUUUGCAUAAUGGCCUACGUCACUGCUAACGAAUGACUGUUUUGACAAAGAUUUGAACUUUCCUUUGAAAUCAAAUACAAAAGACUGAUUUAAAAUAGUGGAGAUUUAUUUCUUUGAAAAUACCACAAAAUUGCCGGUAUCCAGGGGAUAUUGCACAUAAAAUAAUGGCGUUCUUAUGGAAGGUGCAUCGUGAAAACUGCAUUAGGUAAAAAGGUUAAAUCCCCCUCCCCUCUUCCGUGCAUUUUAUAAAUUCCUAUCUCUGUUCGGGGGGAGGGGGGGGGGUAACCAUCGUACCUGCCCACCUUUGCUCAUUAUUUUUGUUUUCUCUUCAUUUAAUUAACACUGCGAUGAUAGAACACCUUUUUUAAUCGACUUCCUCCUUGAUUGACUAACCAAGCCUAUCUCCCCUCCCGAUUCUUCGUCUUUCUUUCUCCACCCCACCCUUUAAGAACAAUAACCCCACCGCCCCAAGGAGUAUUGUUACCAUACACGGGCAACUCCCUCCCUUUUCCAACCCGGGCUCUCGUCCAGUCAGGCCUGACCAGGCUACUGCAGGUCUCCUCCCCUCCUUCUGCCUCUUCUCUCCCCUCUCCCUUCUUUAGCCAACCACUGCUAAGAACAACAACAAAAAACCAACAUGGGAAUGUUCAGCCUCCCCCUUAUUAUGUGUGUUUUUUAUUUCCACUCGAGCGCUGACAUAAUAGUUAACAUGUGGUUACCUUCGGUCGUCACCACCCUUUAACUGCUUCACUACCGUGUACCGGAUUUACAGAUUGCAAGCAAGAAAAGUCGUAUUAACCGCCCCAAAGAACAGAAUAUUACCUCCUAUCACUGAUCAUCAUUAUUAUAAUACAACUUUUCAAAGUAAAAGUUUAGUCCAAUAAAAACUUUGUGGGUAUUAUGAAGCUCUAGUGCCAUUCGCAUUGUCUCAAAACUAUCCUGACUCUGAGCCAGUCUGGAUGUUCAAGGGUUAACAACGAAGACAGCGUAAUCCCAGCCUGAGGCUGUGAAGUGGUGUGGAGGUUGGGGUUGUGGGUCUUUGCGUAACAAUUUUAAGGUGUUAACGGGAAACAUAAUACGGCGGUUUAAUAAUUUGUAAGAUCAAACGAUUGGACCUAGUUCAAAAGUAAACACAUCGAGUGACCAGGCGCCGUACCCUCUUUGUAACAUAGAGGCGACAGACACGUGGUUAAAAACUUGACUGGUAUAAAGAAAACCCAAUGAAAUUCAUACAAGUCGGGUAUAUAUAUAUCGUCAGUUUAGAGACCGGACACCAGUUGCUCACAUCGUUGUACCUGUGGUUUGUUUGAGAAUUGUUGGAGAGUCAUACAGUAGCUGGAAGAGAACGUGGCGUGCAUGCUUUUGUGUCCUGUAUUCUGGUUUUGCUGUCGAAUUUUGGUCCCGACAGAGUGAGGUCUUCCUUUGGCUUAAGUUUAUUAUUUCUACCCGACGUCGCAGUGACAGUCAUUGCCUGGUUAAGAAACCUAUGAUCGAGGCCUUUGAUUUGGGACAUUUUUUCCAGCAUUUGUCAACUUCUUGAGUGUUGUUUUCCCGUUGUUGGAAUAGCAAGAGUCUGAACCAGCCAUGGCAACAUCUGUUGAUAGCAGUAGAUCCUUCGAUUCUAGUUCAAGUGAACUGACAGGAAAGCACAACCAAGUAAAACAAAUGACGUUUGCAAAUAUGUGUGAGCGUUACGAACGCACAGGAAAAGAACUCGGCAGUGGAUCCUACGGUUCUGUUGUUACUUUCCGGAACCGGAAAUCAGGGGUGGAGUAUGCUGUAAAAAUAAUCAAGAAUUGCGAUUAUAGCAGCCGAAGGGAAGUUCUAAAAGAGAUUAACAUCUGCCAACGAUACAACAAUUGUGCAAACAUUAUCAAACUUGUAGAGUUCUGCGAGAUUGAUGACAUGUUUUACCUAGUUUUUGAGAAGAUGGGAGGAGGAGACCUAAGAGGGAUUUUGGAAUCACGUGAUUGUCUUCGUCUGAGUGAGACAGAAUCGUCUAAAGUUAUGAACGCCCUGACAAAAGCCCUCCUGAUUCUUCAUAAAGAUGGUGUGGCCCACCGGGACAUAAAAUCUGAAAACAUUUUGUGCAAAAAGUCAGGAGAGGUCACACCACUAGUGUUGUGUGACCUCGGGCUUGCCACUGACCUCACAUCUCGGCGUGAACUCUCAAAAGUGGACAAAACUAAGACUACUCUGACGUCACCGGUCGGCACCAUUCUGUACAUGGCGCCAGAGGUCGUCGAUUUAAUGUACGAUGAUUCUAGGCCGCCCUACGACACCAGCUGCGACAUGUGGAGUCUUGGUGUUCUGCUGUACGAAAUGCUGUUUGGCGUGAUGCCCUUUCAACGCGGCUGUGAUGCUCACCUUGAUUCCACAGAUUUCUCCUGCCAAGACUGCGAGACCGUCUUGCACGAGGACAUCCUUAAUGGGGACUUUUCCUUUCCUGAGAAUGCUGGAGAGUUUUGUUCAGACAGCGCCGUGGACCUUAUCCAACACCUCCUGGUUGUUGAUCCCCAAGAACGCUACUCGGCUGCCGACGUUCUGCAGCAUCCCUAUCUGACUGCCAACGUGAGUGGUGACCUUGCUGUACAUGAAUCAAUUCGUGAUCAGGUCGAGAGGAAAACCAAUCAAAUUUGUAACACCAGUGUGUUGCAUACGUCUGACUCAAAUACAGACAUCCAUGACGGAGUGUUCUGUACAUCAAUACCACGUACAUCUUGUGAUAGCACUGGAUCCUUCGAUUCCAGUUCAAGUGAACUGACGGGAAAGCACCAAUAUAUGAAACAAAGCACGUUGGCAAAUCGCACCUUAAGUUAUUAACCUACUGGACAAAAACUAGACAGCGUUUCUUUGGGUUCCGUAAACACAGACCAACACUGGAAAUCAGGCACGGAGUAGACAGUAAAAUAACAAAUAUUCGGGGUGAUAAUCGCCGUCAUUUAUUUUCCUUGACUCUGCACAACGACUAAGUGAACCUCAAACAUGACAGUAAAGUAAUUCUAAAAUCCAGAUGAAGUUACAUCGCUUGUUGUCAGUUCAGUGACUUUGGGGUUACCAGUGACCCCCAGUCUCGACGAACCCCCCCCCCCCUCUCUUACCCAAAAGGAGACAUAGCAAAGACUGCUUUGAUCUCUCCUGCUGACACUCUUGAAUAUUAACAUGUUCCAAUGCUCUUCGGCGUGAUGCUCUUUCAACCCGGAUGUGAUGAACACUGUGUCUCUAUGGGUCUUUCUUGUGAUGACUGUGAGAUCGUCUUGAACGGGGACAUCUUUUGCUGGGGACUACAGCUUUCUCGAGAAUAUUAGAGAGUUGUGUUCAGACAGCGCCAUGGAUCUGAGCCAAAAACGUCCGGUUGUUGACCCCCAAGCGCGCUACUCGGCAUCCGAAAUCCUGCAGCCUCCCUUUCUGACCAUCAACAUGAGUAGUGAAGUCUGUGCGACGCUAUCGUCUUCAUUGAUCGGUCAUUGAAACUGAACAUAAUUCUAAUCUCCAGGACUUGACCAAGCCAACGUGUUGCACUAUUAAAGAACAUACGCUAUACUUUCUCUCUUGUCUGAGAGCUCACUACUUACAAUUGUGGUUAACAGUUUCCUUAGCUGGAGCCUGCAAAGUUCUGGAAACAUUUUGAAAAGAUUGAACUACAGUGUGCUUCGAUUUCUCGACUCUUUCAAAUACUGGUUCUGAUUCAAAGACAUAAAUAGCACCUGUUUUCAUAACCCCAGUGUAAUUUUUUCGACUGCUGACUUUGCAAUACAGUUCCCAGCACAAAGUGUACCUCAUAACAUUAUAUGACACGGCCCAAGGGUCCUGUUUGCCACUAUGACGCACUAUUGAUAAGAGAACACAAUGGUACCUGAAUGACUCACACUACCAAACUCACAUUCAAUUUUUUUUUUAAAUAAGAAAUUUGUGUUUAUUUGAAUGCUGCUUUUUAUCGUUAUUUAAAUGCAUUUGUUUGUCUGCGUGAAUGUCAAUUCCGCUUCCCUUUUCUCUCAUUUGUUCUCCCAGUUGUCGACUCGUCUUUUCACUUACCAUUUCAAUGUUUUAAUUUCUCUUAAACAAAGCCUCCCCCCCCCCUCCCAAUUUGUCAGUCCUCAUGUCUGUACCUGAAAGUGUGUCUCUCUGUAAUAACUUCCUUUCAUGAUUUUACGUCUCUUUUGUCAGAUCUCUCAGAGGGUCUCUCAGUCGUCAGUUUCUAUACAUUCCUGUGAGAUGAAUAAAGAUUAUCAUUGUCA